CAGCGUUACUUUACGUACGUUAGCGCCAUUUUGUCUCAACAGACGCCGUGCCGGCUUUGCAUAGUAAUAUUAGAAUAUUAAACUUUCCUUAUUUGUAGAAAUUCACAUCAAAAUGGGCAAGAAAAAGAGUGGUGACAGCAGUGACCAGUCCAGCGAGGAAGAAUAUGUAGUGGAGAAAGUUCUGGAUAGACGCGUGGUUAAGGGCAAGGUCCAAUACCUGCUGAAGUGGAAGGGCUACAAAGAGGAAGAGAGCACAUGGGAGCCGGAAGACAAUCUUGACUGUGCGGAGCUCAUCAAAACCUUUGAAGAUGCUCGCAAGGAAAAGGAGAAAUCAAAGAAGCCCGAGGAGAGAGCCAAGAAACGUGUUCGCGAAUCCAGUGAGGACACACGCAAGUCCCGCGGCGCCUCCGUGUCGUCCGCGGACGGCACCGACGCCAAGCGCAGCAAGGACAAGGACAAGGAUGACAAGAAGUCCGGCUUCGAGAAGGGGCUCAAGGCUGAGAAGAUUAUCGGUGCAAGCGAUGCGACGGGGCAGCUGAUGUUCCUCAUAAAGUGGGCCGACUCGGACGAGGCCGAGCUCGUGCCCGCCAAGAUCGCUAACGUCAAGUGUCCGCAGCAGGUGAUCGCGUUCUACGAGGAGCGGCUCACGUGGCACACGCCGGCCGAGGCCGAGUGAGCGCGCGCGCGGCACCUCCGAGCGCGUCUGCCCCGCACGCCGCCCGCAGCCUGACUGCAUCCACACUGACUGACUAUAAGUAACCUUUAAACACAAGGGCCUCUUACAUCUAUACAGUCACUGAACACUGCGAUAGAGAAAUAACAUAUGCCUUUCUCGAUCCCUCUCAGCAGAGAGCGUCUGGCAACCGGAUAGAUGUAAUAAGCAAAUUAAAGUCCACAGGUCUCCGGUAGAUCCGUACGCUAUUUGCAGCGUCAUGUUGGAUAGGAAGUCAUUUCCAAGCGUUACGCUGUACUUGUUUUGAAACUGGAGACAAAAGUCUAAAAGUGACAGGGAGUACUUUCAUUUCUGUAGAACUAGCGCCUGUUGGGUUUGAACUGUAUUCAUUAGAACCGUAUUUCCACUACCACUAUUUUAACGCGAUGCUAGUAUGUCGAAGUAAUAUCACGUAAAUAUUGAUGCGUAUCGCAGCCAAAACCAAAAAUUAUAAUCCGCAAUAUUAUGACGCUCCCAGUAUCACGGUAAUAAUGAUUUUAACAAUACCCAUAAAGCUUUUAGUUCUGUAGAAAUAUUGGGAAGUACAGUCACGUCACAAGGUGCUCAAAAACAUCUGAACAUGAAUUGUCAACACAUUAAAGAUGUUCAAAUAUUUUUGAGCAUUCAUGUGUUAGUCUUAAGGGCAAAGUACACCUACACUCGCUAUCGCCCAAUGUCCCGACGUCGGGCCCGAGCAAGGGCAUUUUUCCGUUUCGCCAAAUAUCAGCACAUCUUUUACAAUAUUUAACAUGUAAAAAAUACUUUGUCUCUAUUGCCAAAAAUAUUCAUUGUUUGAUAUGUUUGCAUAUGAAGCAUUUUUUUACAUUUCAAAUAUUAACGAUAUGCUGUUAUUCCGUAAAACGGAAAACGGUUAUAAAACCCGACAUUGGGACUGACUUGGGGCAGGGGGAGGAAACUUGAGCGUUCGGGUUUUUUCGGCUCCGUUCGGCUCAGCAUUGCUCCGAGCGAUUAUUAAGGUUGGCACAACUUGGCGUUUCUUUGCGUGUACAACACAGAUAAGAUAAUUACAUGAAUUUUGAUACGAUCUGAAAGGGAUAGUUCCAUAGAUUAGAAAGGGACAAAAUGAUUUGGCCCUGAAUCGCUGUCAAACCUCGGUUUUGUGGGAAGUUUCCUUUCUGUACGGCAGUACUAUUACUUAUUCUGUGCUUCAGGCCUGAUAUCGGCAAGGCUGGAUGUAAUUGGCCCUUUUGUAAUUCAUUUUGAUUGUAAUUGGCAACCUAAUGAGAAUUUUUGUAUUCAGACCAUUGCAAUACAGAAAAUACAAGUAAAACUUGUCUAAGGUAAAAUUUUCCAUGUUCCAAAAAAAGAUGAGCUUGUAAAUGAUGCGGGGAAAAACAGGUGUUAGCGUGCGUUGAUAGAAAAAAGUAUUUUAAAAUCUAGACUCUCACAAUAUUUAUUGUGGUUAAUAUUUAAAUUUGGAUACUUCGGUUAAAAUCGAACGUCAUUUCACAUUAGGUGUCACAGAUGAUAAGGUGAUACCAGCGUCCCAUCUUAUAACAACUAUAUUAUUAACAGACAGUGAUUACAUGUUACACGCCAGGAAUCAAUUUCAACCCAGUAGCCCAUUUUAUUAAAACGCAGGUGUAAAACAGCAAUGUUGCCUGCUUACUCCUAAAAUUGUAACUUCAUAUAACUGCAGCUAUAUGAAAUCGGACCCCAUACACAAUAGACAGAUAAAUAUUUAUUUAAGAACCGCGAGACAGUUUGCGAGAUGCGAAAGUGAGACAUCGAUAGACAUCUAGCUUAUGCGCAUGCUAGCACCUUUUAACAUUAAUAAUUAUAAUCAUUGUUUUUAUUUCCCAGGUAAUGAAAUAAUAGUUUUCCUCGAUUUAAAUUGGUAUAAAAUCAGGAUAACUGGGUACAUUGGUCAGUCAAAUUGUUAUUUCAGUAUCUGGGAUACAAAAACAGUUAAGUGUAAGUGCGAUUGUGAUGUGGCAAGAUACGAUUGCGAUUUUAAAAUUAUUUUUAGAAUUUCAACAGAUAUAUUUUUGCGCGGCUAGCUGUAGGCAAAGAGAAUUUGAAAUAGAGGUGGAUUGUCAAAGAAAACUUUGUAGCCACAGUAAAUUUACUGCCAUCUUUCGACACAUGAUUGAAACUUUUAGAACGCCAUUUGACUUUGAUCCUUAUUUCUUCACUGAUGUGUUAAAUUUGUUGAAUAUCAAAAAGUGGCGCCAUCUAAUCUAAUAGAUCAAAGGUAUGGUGGCAUCGUUUCGAGUAAGAAGUAUCGAAAGAUGGUAGUUAAUUUACUGAAGCUACAAAAUGUUCUUUUAAAAUCCACCUCUUUUUCAAAUUCUCUUUGCUGUAGAAUUUGGUAAUGCGUAAGUGAGACAUAAUGGUUUCAUAAUUGUAGUACAGUCUUCGUAAGAUUAUAUUGGAGCAACCAAUGUGCUUACAAAUAUCUGAACACGCCUCUUUUAUGAGCAAUUUUCCCGCCCCUAUACAUCUGAUCUAUAGGGACAGAAGCCAUACAAGUAAGAAAACUUAUUUUUGGGCCAAACUUGUAUGAAAGUAAUUUGUAGCUAGCCGCGCUGAAGGGUUGGAUUAAGGACGGUGCACACCGGAUGCGUGCGCGUUGUAAUGUAUAAAUCUUCAUUGGAGAUGUCUCACCACCUGCGUGGCAUGUGCAUCCAGCAUCCGAUGUGCACCGACCUUUAGGGCCCAUGGCGUUCGAUAUUCCUCGUAUGUAUGGACUUAGGUAAGGUUUAGGUUAGUAUUACGCAUUUGGACGUUGUUUCAAUUCGAGUGUAAGAUAUUAUAUUAUGACGUCACCGCUGUGAUGGCGGUUUCUGUGCAACUUUGGUUUUAGUUGAGGACAGUCACAAGUAUAUAGCAAAAAUAGUAUACUUUUGGUAUAUAUUUCUGAGAAAGUUGAAUAUACAUUAUCCAUGUUUUAUAGACAAGAACCACACAUAAGUUGUAACAGGUACCUAAAAUUGAUUUGAGAUAAGGAAGAUGUUUUCAGUUCUGUAUUAAAUAUAAAUUAUCAAACA